AUGAUCAUUCAAUUCCUUUUUACAAUUAUUUUGCUACAAUCGUUCCUGUUUCAUGGUAUUCAAUUUCAAUAUCAAGUUCAGCUCAUAAUCAGUGGUGUUCAAUCAGUCCUUUAUCCUUUCUCUAAUUUAGCCAAUUACAUACCAUCGAACCCUUCUCCAGUUUCUGUGUUUAAUUUGGUCCUCAUACCAAUGAGUUUGGUUGAAGCAUUUGAUCGAACAGUUGGGCUGCAUAGUACCUGGAAUGAAAUCGUUCAUAAACUGGUUCGAAUGGUUAAAUCUGGACAUCCACAUCUCAUCCGAGCUAAACCCAAACUAUGUUUUCAUCGAUUCAAGGCUCCCAUGAUGAAACCAGUCUUUAGAUGUUGCCUCCAAUCAUCAAAUUUGCAGUAGAGAUGAAAAUUGAUGCUUGAAUCUUUGAUGGAGUUUUUUACACCAAAUUUCUGUAAUGGAAUCGAUUUUCUUAUAUGUUCUCGCCAGAAAAUUGUGGUUGCCCAGAUAACUUGAGAAGUUCCCUCUGCUACUGCUUCUACUCGAUUCCUCUUAAGCUGGAUUUACAACAUUUUGCAAUUACCCUGAAUUUCAUCCUUAAUUCGGAUUUCCCAAAUCAUCACUUCUGACUUUUUUGUUAACUUUUACAACCAACCCUCCAAAAAUUUCCUUUUGCAAGUUGUACCUCAAUGUUAUCAAAUAUAAAAAAAAACCGUAACUUUUUCUAAGAAAAUUACAAAUUUCAUCCCCAUGGUUAGGAACUUGUUAUA